UGGACACUGUGACACUAACAGCACCGCCUCCAUGGCGACGGUUACAGAGUUAAAGUGCGCCUUGCGGGAGGCGCUGGAGUCUCGGGGUGUUUUGGGGCAGCUGAAGGCUCGGAUUCGGGCUGAGGUGUUUCAGGCGCUGGACGAUCAGAGCGAAACUCGACCCCCACUGACCCACCAGAACCUGCUGAUUAACGAGCUGAUCAGAGAAUAUCUGGAGUUCAACAAGUAUCGAUACACAGCGUCGGUUCUGACUGCAGAAUCAGGUCAGCCUGAAGCUCGCCUGGACCGUCAGUUUCUAGUGAGUGAGCUGAAUGUCGUAGAAGAUCCGAGUGCCAGAGCUGUUCCUCUGCUGUACGGCCUGCUCUCACACUUCCUCAGUGGCAGAGACGGAGGAACGUUUUUAAUCAGAAACCCCCCGGAGCCCCACCGGCCCGCCGACGGGGAACAGGAAAGUUUAUAAACUCUCAGGUUAACGAGAACCUUCACAGCUUUGAAUCUUCUGCCUGUUUGAUCCUCAGUAAUGAAGAAGAUUCUCUAAUGAAUAAAACUUCCUGCAGGUGUUCUAGAUCAGGAGAAUGUCACAUGACCAGCGUUCAGUGAUGAAUGUUUACAUGCUGAAGUGGCCAAAACUCCAUUUGAGGAGUUACUAGUUUAGCUUGUUGUGUUUCUGUGUUUUAGAGCUGAUGGAGUCUCUCUGUGAGGUUAGACUCACUGUUGAUUAAUGUGUGAAGAAUAAUAAUAUUUUUUUUUAACG